GGAGCCUGGUCGGCAAUGCACAUUGCAAAGCACCCCUAUACGAAAAAGGAUACCGUCCACUGAAACAAAGAAAAAAGAAGGAGAAAAGAAGAUACCCCUGCGGUGAAACCGACUACCACGCGCAGAGAGAACGGAAAUAUCAAGAACAGAACAACAAACAAAGAGACGGCCCAACGCACGUUCAGCGCGACUUGCUCGAGCAGGCUUUCCUUAUUCCCUCUGCCUCCCUCCCUCCGAAACAAAUGGCCUCCGAAUCCGACGCUCCAGUCAUAACGCCGUUCCCCGCGCCGUCGCGCACAAAGAUGGCCACCGUCCUCUCCAUCCCCACCAAGGCGACGUCCCUCCUCUUCAGCGACAAGAUCCUGCUUACGCUGUCCCAGAACGGGCGGCUCGCGCACUGGGUACACGUGCCCCUCGCGCCGGCGCCGGCCGCAGACCUGCACGCGCCUCUGCGCGCCGUCGAUCCUGACACCGCGCUCCUACCGGACACGCACGCAACCGCGACGACCAUCCUCGGCGGCACCGUACCCGGGCUAGACAUCCUGGGCCAGACGCUUGCCACCAGUCUGGCGAGCGCGAUCGCGAGCAAGAGCCCCGGUGAGAGUCGGCUGCUCGUGCUGGGGCUGGGACUCGACCGCGCAAUGGAGGCUGUUCGGAGCGAGGACUUUGCCGAGCUGAUGGGCUUGUGCCUGGAUGUGCUGUGAAAAGAAAGGGAGAUGCUCACAGUGGCGGACGAUGGAGGGAGGAGGAGAAGCACGUUGAGCUGAGAUGGACUGACGGCGAUUUGUUCUGCUCAGGGGUAGCGUCCUUGACGAGGAGCACGAGAAGCGGUGGUAACGCUAGACUAUCGUUCUGAUGAUGAUUUCAGACACUGACUGGCUCUUCCUGGCAACCUGUGCCCUGAGUAUAUUUGUAUGGAAUCGCGCCGCAUAUGCUGCAGAGCAGGAUCACAAGUGCUCAAGCACGACUUGUCAAAAAAAGGCCACUUAAGCGCAUAAAAACGCGUGGUAUAUUAGCAAGCACAGAGGACAUGCUAGUAGAGAAGAUGAAACCGGAUGCACAUAUCCAGCAAUUGAAAGUACCCUACAUAGGAAGUCGAGGUUGAGGACAGAAAUGGCCCUCCAAAAUGGACACGUCGCUGCAUAAUCUGUUGAAGGCAAAUGAAACGGAACAACAGAUGGUAAAGAGGCACAAGUGACAAGUUUAGGUCUGAGCAAGCACAGAGGGGACAAUGAAAACGGGGGAGGAAAGGAACUCAUACACGCCACCAGAGGAAGGCGGGUGCUACAUACAAGACACGCAAAUUUCUACCCUCGCAAAUCCGUG